AUGGAGACAUCGAGUCCGUCCCUCGUUGAAAGUGGUGGUGUGCGGGUUGCCAUUGAAGGAUGCGGCCAUGGCACUCUUCAUGCCAUCUACGCCACUGUGCAAAAUGCGGCACGCGCCAGAGGUUGGACAGGUGUUGACCUCCUAAUCAUUGGUGGUGACUUCCAGGCCGUUCGCAAUGCCGCUGAUCUCACAGUCAUGUCUGUACCUGUCAAGUACCGGGAACUCGGCGACUUUCCAGAGUACUACAGUGGACAUGCAACUGCACCCAUCCCUACCAUCUUCAUUGGCGGCAAUCAUGAGGCCAGCUCACACCUAUGGGAGCUCUACUACGGCGGCUGGGUGGCACCAAACAUCUACUACCUCGGCUUUGCCAACGUACUCCGCUUUGGACCUAUUCGUAUCGCUGGCAUGAGCGGCAUUUGGAAAGGUUUUGACUACAACAAGCCACACAAUGAGAGACUGCCCUUCAACCAGGACGAUAUCAAAGGGUUCUACCAUGUGCGAGAGAUCGAUGUACGGAAACUGCUCCUCCUGAGAGAGCAGGUAGAUGUAGGACUGAGUCAUGACUGGCCUAGAGCUGUCGAAAGACAUGGCGAUGAGAGGGCCCUGUGGCGGAUGAAGCCGGAUUUCAGGCAAGAAAGCCUCGACGGAACUCUAGGUAACCCGGCAGCAACAUAUGUCAUGGAUCGUUUGCGACCGGCGUAUUGGUUCUCCGCCCAUAUGCACUGCAAAUUCACGGCACUCAAAAAGUAUGACGCACCAGCACCCGUGGCGCCUGUCCCAACACAAGAAGCAGUGCAAGGAGCUCCCGCGGCAACCGACCACGUCCCCACUCAGGCCAUGGAACCAGCGAAGGAACAGGAGUUGUCCAAGGCCGACAACCCGGAUGAGAUUGAUCUCGACAUGGAUGAUGAUGACGAGGGGCCCAGUACUUCGACGGAACCAGCCGUGGCUCCUACACCAGCGCCCGCACCAAAUAGCAAUGCCGUCUCGGACGAGCUGCGAGCACAACUUCCUGCUUCGUUCGCAAAACGACCAGAGCAGCCAAGAGGCACGCCGGGUCAACCUGUUCCCUCAACCAUAUUCAACACAGAGACACGCUUCCUGGCCUUGGACAAGUGCAUGCCUGGGCGCAAGUGCGUCCAACUUGCAUACAUUAAACCAAUCACCCACAGCGAAAGCAAUAGCCCGGAUCUUUGCUUACAAUACGAUCCCGAGUGGCUUGCCAUCAACCGCGUCUUUCAUCAGUAUCUCAAGAUCGGCGAUCGUCACGCUAAGAAUCCCACCAACGAGGGUGAGGCGGCAUACAAUGAAAUUAUCGACAAAGAGCGCGCGUGGGUAGACGAGAACAUUGUAGCCAAGGGCAAGCUGGUAGUACCGCUGAAUUUUGCCAUAACGGCGCCGCCACACAAGCUUGGAGAUCCCGAAAAAGUCCAGGAGCAGCCAGAAGAAUACACCAGUCCACAGACAGCAGCUUACUGCGAGUUACUUGGCCUCGAAAACCUCUGGGACGCGACACCCGAGGAGAGGGCUGCUCGCAAGGCCCACGGUCCACCUCCGGAGGAACCCCGCCGAGACAAUCGUGGUGGAGGGUUCCGAGGUGGAAGGGGAGGCAGAGGAGGCGGUCGAGGUGGUGGCGGCGGAUUUGGUCGGGGACAUGGUGGCGGUCGUGGUCGUGGUCGUGGCCGCGGAAGAGGCUGA